AUGCGCAUUCUCAGCUCGAUGCAGGAGAUGGACGGAUCAUUAUCAGGCGAAGCUCAGAGCUCAAGGGCAUGUGCAGCAAUCGAAAUUGCAGUUUGA